AGUCUGGGCGGCGGCGGCGGGAGCGGCAGGGAAGCCGGGCGGCGGCGGGGCGGCUCCUCCUCAGGCUGGGUCGCCGGAGCGUCGGCGGAGGAUGGAGCAGCAGGAGGAGAUCCUGAGGCGCUUCAUCCAGCGCGUGAGGGCCAUGAAGGACGCCGCCGAGCGCCACGGGGAGGACAACUUCGCCGCCGACUUCAUGAGACUGAGGAGGUUGUCAACAAAAUAUAGAACAGAAAAGAUCUACCCAACCAUCACUGGGGAGAAAGAAGAAAAUGUGAAAAAGAACAGAUAUAAGGAUAUACUGCCAUUUGAUCACAGUAGAGUUAAACUGACGUUAAAAACUCCCACCCAAGAUUCUGACUACAUCAAUGCAAAUUUUAUUAAGGGAGUACAUGGACCAAAAGCGUACGUUGCAACCCAGGGACCACUAGCAAACACAGUCCUUGAUUUCUGGAGGAUGAUAUGGGAGUACAAUGUGGCAAUCAUUGUAAUGGCCUGUCGGGAAUUUGAAAUGGGAAGGAAAAAAUGUGAACGCUACUGGCCGCUGUAUGGAGAAGAAAGCAUCUCAUUUGGACCAUUCCACAUUUCUUGCGAAGCUGAACAGGUCAGAGAGGAUUACUAUAUUAGAACCCUGCUGAUCGAAUAUCAGAAUGAAUCGCGUAGAGUACAUCAGUUUCAUUAUGUAAAUUGGCCUGAUCAUGAUGUUCCUUCAUCCUUUGAUUCUAUUCUGGACAUGAUCAGUUUAAUGAGAGAAUAUCAGGAACACGAAGAGGUUCCCAUCUGUAUACACUGCAGCGCAGGAUGUGGAAGAACUGGAGCCAUCUGUGCGAUAGAUUACACAUGGAAUUUGUUGAAAGCCGGGAAAAUUCCAGAGGAAUUCAACGUGUUUAAUUUAAUACAAGAAAUGAGGACCCAAAGGCAUUCUGCGGUACAGACUAAGGAGCAGUAUGAACUGGUUCAUCGAGCCAUAGCCCAGUUAUUUGAGAAACAGUUGCAAAAAUAUGAGAGCUGUGCGGCGUGGAAAAUUGCAGAUGGCUUGAACGAAGUUAACGCCGAGAACGCCGUCGGUUCUGGAGACCUGGAGGAACAGGGUUCCCCUCCCCCGAAGCCACCUCGAACUCGCAGCUGCCUUGUUGAGGGUGACGUAAAAGAAGAAAUCCUGCAGGCCCCUGAGCCUCAUCCGGUCCCACCCAUUCUAACCCCAUCGCCUCCUUCGGCCUACCCAACCGUGACGACGGUUUGGCAAGACAGUGACCGAUACCACCCCAAGCCUGUUUUGCACAUGGUGUCUUCAGAGCACCCGACAGACCUCAACGAAAAUUAUGGUAAAUCCAGGGACUAUUCAGGGAAGCAUGAAUUCUCAGACCCCGCCGCCAAUAAAAAGCUGGAACACAACUUGAGCUUCGAAAUUAAGAAAGUGCCCCUUCAGGAACAACCACGCAGCUUCGAUGGAAACCCUCUCCUGAGUCGGGGAAAUGCACUUAAAAUUAAAACGUGCCCGCCGGACGCAGCGGAGAUGACCUUGAAACCGCAGGAGUGCGGCUCCGGCGAUGCGCCUACGGAGCCCGUGCAGAACCCUUGCAAUGAAUGCAGUCUGCAGCCAGUCACUCCCAUUGCAAUAUCCUCUCUGGAAGGACACCUGGGUCUUACUACAGAUGCUCCGCCACGGCCAGACUGUUUGCCCCUUAAUAAAGAGAAGGGCCACGCCAUGUGGUCCUUAGAAGAGACUAAAAACAAGCAGCCCUUCUUUGAGGAGGCACCUUUACCCGUUUUAUGUCACGAAGUCACAAAUCUGUCCGUAGACUCAGGCGUGCCAGGUCAAAGGGACACCCCUCCCAGGGAACCGGCAGGCCGCUGCCACGGUGGCCCGCUGCCGGUUCAGGCCCCUCUGUGUUUCACCAAUCCCCUGCACUCGGAUGACUCUGACACGGAGGACAGAAACUCUGAGGGGGGCGUGGCCCAUAGCACGUCGAAUAGCGUCUCCGUGGCCAGUGCCACGGUUUCAGCAGCGACCAAUACAGAAAACGCUGCUAGAAAAGUGUUGCCGAUGUCCAUCGCGAGGCAGGAUAAUCCGCCCCUAAUGCAUUCCGAACCUGAUAAAGAAAGAACUCUGGAAUUGCUUGUGCUUGCAAGUCCACAGGUCACAGCUUUGCCAAAAAGUCCUGCUCUUCUACAGUCGGCCGAAUGGAAUUUGUUACAAGAUCAGAACACCUCCGAACAACCAAAAUGUACAGGAAUGAACAUCACUGGGUCUUCACAGCUUGAUAACUCAGAGCUGGGAGACAAAUCUCCAAUGGAUACAAUACCUCAACCAUCUUCCACCAGUCUAACUCCUAAAGGACAGCCCUUACCAGAGAUUGCAAUUGAGACUACAGAUAUUGGGUUUGGUAGCCGCUGUGGAAAACCAAAAGGACCAAGAGACCCUCCUUCAGAAUGGACAUGAUGCAAGAACCAAUGGACACAUAUUAAAUUAUACUGGAAAAUUCAAGUGCCACUGAACAAGAUUCGUAGUAUUCCAACGCUUUAUUUUUUUUGGAACGAUCUGUGUACAUAUAGCUACAAAUGGUACACUUUUGUAUACAUCUACACAAAUAUUAAAGAUUCAAAAUGGUGGAUUCUAUAAUUCAAACUUACCUUUUUGCUGGGGCCAUCAAUCUGCCUUAUUACAUUUUUUAAAAAAGUAUUACUUAUGGUUUGUUACUUCAAGUAUUAUUGCCUUAAUGUCUUUUAAACCUGUUAAAACAUUGUUUAUAGACAUGUUAAUAUGGUGAAACUUUUGACAAAUUUGAGUUUAUGGACUUUUUUUUGCAAAUGUUUGAUUACCAUGUACAUUUUAUUUUAUGUAUGUAUAGGGCAAGCCAGGUAUAUAAUUUGAUAAAGCUGCAAUCAUAAAGUAUUAACAGAAGGUGUAAGAAAUCUCUGCAUGAACUAAAGUUGUGUACCUUGUAAAUUAUUUGCCCUAAUGUUUUAGAAAAUAGUUUUUUUUAAAGAAAAUGUUGGUGCACAUUCAGAAUUACAGAAUAGCAGAGAUAAAGAUUGUAAUACAUUUUGUAAAUUGUAAGCAAAAAGUUAUUUUUAUAUUAUAUACUGUUUCAACUGUCAGUCCUAAUUUGUCCUGGUUUUCAUCUAGUCACUGAUAUUCCAUAAGUGCCUUGAAAGACCAGAUUUUUUAGCAUGAACAAGUUACCUAUAGAGACUAGUGUUAUCAACAUAUUUGAACUGUCAGUAAAAGAGAAUAUUUUAAAAUCCUUUAAGUUAUCCUUUAUAUAUUGUAUUUCAAUUUAAAUCUUUAGAAUUUUCAAAAGGAAAACCUUGGUAAGUAUCAUCAGGAUUAAAAUCAUGACUAAUAAUGCUAGCAAAAGAGUUUUAUGUAAACAUUUGAAAGUACCAAAAUUCUUACUGCAUCACUUUUUCUCAACAAACUUUACUGGCAAAUUCCAAAAGGCCUACCAAUUUGUUUCGGUUUAUAUUGGGGAUUCUUCAAGAAACAAAUUAAUGAUUAUUCAUAUAUAUUCUAGAACAGGUAGCAUUACUGAAGGGCUUAAAUGUCCUUCCAGUUAUAAAAUAUUUUGUUCCAAGUCCCUUCCCUGCCCCUUUGAUUUGCAUGCUAAGUGGUCGCACCCUAAGAAUAGCAAUUAAAACUAGAGUACCUAGAGUAGACUCUUACCCUUAUUCAUUAUAAGCCCAUGGGAAUUUCUGAAGGCUGCUAACCCUCAAAAAAUACAAUGGUCAAGAUUUCUAAAAUUGUUACUUGGGUUAGCAAGCCACCCUUUCCCCUCACAUAGGUUGAACUACAAUGUUCAAAUUCUUUAGGAACAUGUAUAGUUCUUAUAUGAUGGCAUUUUUAUUUGACUUUUGGUCUGCUGUAGUAGUUACUAACCUGAUGAUUCAAAACCAAUUAUUUUAUUGAAAUAUCCAGCAAUGUGUAUGUAUAUAUCUCCCCCUCCCUCUCUCACACAUACACACACAAAGUUGGAAUAUUAGCCUAAACAGAAAAGGCUAUGUUGUGUAAGGAGAAAACAAGAGCAGAGUUUACAGAAUAUUACUAAGAUGAAAUACUCCUGUAUAAAUCAAUGUGUCUCUGGGGCACUUAGUCUUUUGCUGGUAGUGGAAGAUUGGGUUCUAUCAACUAUAAUUUCCACAGUGGACUCAGUGAGCAAAGGACUCUGUGAGCAAAGCAAAGCUCAGUAAGCAGAAUGGUUCUGCCACUGGAAGGACUGGCUUAAGCUACUCUACAUGAAGACAGAUACCUGAAUUUAAGUGUACUAAUACAGGGUGUGCCACAUUUUGUCGCUGAAAGCUGUAUUUCAGAAAAUCAAAAGGGUGCUUAAAACCAACUUGGGUGCAGAUGGUAUAUGCUAUGACCAAGCAAUGUGGGUUUCUUCCCUCAAAGUUCUUGUAUUGAGGCUAAUGUGCUUUUUUUUUUUUCUCCAGCAAAACCCGGUGGGAGAUCAUGAUUCCCUUUAUAGCAAUUUGCUGCUAAAUUAGUGCAGUUCCUGCUUCCAGGAAAAAAAAAGGUAUGGUGUGGGAUCUCGAUGUGUCUGUCCACCUAAGGAUGCAACUGAGGUUUCAGAAGAUCGUUAUACGAGUUUUUAAAAACAUUCAUUGCUCGCUUGCCUCGGAAAUAUAUUCUGGAAAAGCACAAUAUUGUCACAAGAGUAUAGUGCAUCUGUCAGAAUAACAUGCUAAUUUAUUUACCAUUGCCCAAAGUCCAAGUAAAGGUAAUUUAGUCUACCAUUUUUACUGAAUUUUCAAACAAGAAUUAAAAAAAAAAGUUAUUGGGAAUAUAUUUACAGCAGUGCUUUCGACCCCAUUAAUUUUGCCCAAAUAUGACUUAUGUCAUCUGUUUUCCCCAUUGUCCUAAAAUUGGAUAAAGAGAACCUAAUUAAACAGUCAAAACCCCUUUCUCCCCAUUUGCCUUGAAUGCUAAGAUAAUACAGUCUGGAAAACUACCCAGUUCUGUUUGCUAACUUUUUAUAUUGGCACUACAGCUCAGUUUGAAAAUAUCCACUAUUAUACUUAAAAAAAUAACUCUUUUUUAGAAUAUGAAGCAUACUAAAAGAUGGUAUCGUGGACAUUGUGUGUUUAGAGCAAUGUGCCUUUUCAAAAGUGUUGAUAAUAAAAAAAUCUCGAGUUUUAACAUUAAAAUUACUUCCUUAUGAAUUACCAUGAUUAGCUUUAAAUGAUUCGAUGUAAUUCUUAUUCUAUUAUUAUUCUAAUGCUGAGUUUCAAAGAUAUCCUCAAAACUUUUUUUAAACAAAAGGUUAUUUUAAACAAAACUUUUCUUUAAGCACCAUGAGUUCAAAUAGUUCCUGAAAAUGUACCAGAAAUUUAAAUUUAGUUACUACUGUUCUUACACUAUUAAAAUAACUAAAGAAUGUGAAAUUUAAUCUUGCAACAAAAAACAGGGCAUGUUUAAAAACAGGAAUAAGAGGAAAUAAACAAUCAAGAUUGUGAAGAUUAAAUAAAAUAUUGAGCAGUUGCAAUACUUGCACUAUUAUAUAAACACGACAUCACAAAGCUUAGAGUUCUUGGAAGAAUUUGUGUUGAUGGACCAUAAAGUGUAUACGUAGGAUUUCCAGUCUUUAAUACUUCCAAAUCAUUCCUUUAUAAAUGUGGUGUUUUUGCAAUCUGAAGGAAAAUGGUGGUUCAGUACUCAUUGCUUGAUACUGUUCAAUUUAUUAUGAUACAAAUCUUAGUAGAUUUCACGUAACAAUGAAAGUUUUGUAAAAUUCUAUAAAGUUUUACACAGUAAUGCAGUUAAUAAAAACUUGUAUUAUAUAAUGCCAGAUUCAUCUGACACAUUUCCAAAAAAACCAGGAAAUAUUGGAAAUGUUCAUGUAAUAUAGUCUAAUUUCCCAGGUCUCACUUUUCAGUUAAUACAUUUGUUCUGAUAGUAUUUUUUUUUUAAAAAAACCCGUUAAACUAGUUUGUCUGUUUACACAAUACAUUUCUGUCAAGGUACAACUUCAAGUUUAUAGUUUUUUGUCUUGGUCCUUGAAAAUUCAGCAUAUUUUUCACUUCAAACAUUUAAAAAAGUCUUCUAAAUCUCAACAUUAGGGCUGCUACAACGGCUUCAGCAGGUAACAUCCUACCUGAAGUCUCAAGUAUCAUUAAUUACUUGGAUAUCUCAAGGGAUCUUUAAUUGGGUCAGGACCUUAUAAAGUGGUUAACAUCUAUGGCUCUUACCCCUGGGAAGAAAAGCAAGAACAGGAAGUCAUAGAACACAGAAUAAGGAGGUUGGCAGGGACCUCAGAAAUCUUCU